AUGUUGUUUUUGUUUGAACGAGCUCUAGCUGAGUUUGGGUUGGUAGCAGUAUCUUCGUCGGACUUGAUUAACGGCGCACCCGUCCGCAUCAAAGAUGGCCAUUUAGUCUUUUGCAAUGAUGAGCCCUUGCUACAGGCCAGCUUCGUGGACGAUAAUGUGGUUUUAAGCGAUAAGAUUGUGGCUGCAUCUGCUGUUGGAGCUGGGAUUGGGCCAAAUGCCGCGGGGCGCAUGAGCGUUCUGAGUUCUCCGGCACAUAAGUUCAACCAAGCAAAGAAUUUUUUGAGCUAUGACGUAUCUGUGCUAUUUUCAGUGAAAAAGACAAACGAUGGCAGUUUGAGCUUAUUUGUCGAUUGGAUGAAUCCCGAGUACCGGGGCAUUCCAGUAAUGCUUCGCAUCACGGAACUCGUCUAUCCUACACCUAUUUCGAACAUUACUCGAAACAAGGUCGUUGAUAACGACCUCUCGUCUCAAGUUGAACUUGUUGAGCCCGAUCUGAUCGAGAGCACGACUUCAAUCGCUACUGCUGCACCUACUACUGAGCGGCCAACUGUGUUCAGUACUGUUUAUGAAACAAUUCUCAUCCCAAGAACACAGACUGACCCCAAAACAUCCACAGUCACUUUCUAUCAAGAAAUUGUUGCAACGUUUACAACCGAAACGGUUACAGCGCUGCCAACACCGAAUGCAGGCUCAACGCUCGAUGCAGAGCCCGUCAAUCGGCUUACCCUGACCAGUGUUGAGUCUUAUAUGUGGAGGAUUGGGAAACGCACCUUAUCAACGACCCCAUUGUUACGAAAAAUGUCUAUCGAGUUUGUGUCUACCAAUAAUGCCCCCCCUCCGGCCGCACCUUAUUCCCAGGCUACCAAGGCCAAUGGCAUGCUUUUCAUCUCUGGCCAGGUCCCUCUGACCCCGGACGGAAAGAUGAUCUCGGGUACCAUCGAGGAGGAGGCUCAGCAGUGCUUUGACAACCUUAAGGCCAUUCUUGAUGCUUCCGGCUCUUCUAUUGACAAAAUCUGCCGUAUUGGUGUUUUCACUGACGACAUUUCUUACUUUGGAGGUGUCAACACUGUUUACACCAAAUUCUUCGACGGCCACAAGCCUGCUCGCACCUUCGUUGCCGUCAAGUCGCUGCCUUUGGGUGCCCGUGUGGAGGUUGAGGCGAUCGCUCUCGCCUAG